UGCCGGGGGGAGGCCAUCUUCCUCUCGAUCUCCAACCACCACCGUCGAUGUGUCUAGAACGAUCCUCAUCCAGCAAAGUGGACAUGGUGGGGGUAGCAACACACAGACGAUGCAAGGCACCGCCUUUGACGAGGGGAUUUCACAGCAUCAGCCGAACCAGGUGUCAAGGCCUGUGGCGAGCCAGGGUGGACCUCGUGCAAGUGUUCGGCAUCACCCCCCUUCGCCAGCCGCGACCGUGCAGGAAGGGAGGCCUGACGUGACCAGUGUUGCGGAAUCCCCUCGAUGUGUGGAGCCAACUGUGUGUCGCUUCAAUAGCUUGCGGGCGAGUAGUGACGGCGAGGGAGCACGACCGGACGGUGCUGCAAGCGAGGCCGACUUUGUUGACAGUGAUGAUGACGACGAUGAGGACGACGAAGAAGAGGAGGUUGUCGUCAAGGAAGUGACUGCUGGCGGGAAGACAAAGCAAGCAUCCAAAGGUCGCGAGAAGGCGAAGGAAAAGGAUAAGGAAGGUGAAAAAAAUGGCAAAGGUAGCGGGAAUGGUGAGCGGGCGAACUGGAAUUUGGACGAGUCCCUGGCUCUUGUCCGGUGCAAGAGAGACCAAUAUGACUACUUUGCUAAUGUUGGCCAUAACUAUGCUCAGAUGAAAACCAAGGACCAGAAAUGGAUGGACAUCGCGAAGCGAAUGGAUAAGGAAGGAGUUCGGCGGGAUGGGACCAAUGCAUCAAGAGGUGGGAUAAUAUAUUUGGGUGGUCCAGGAAAGUGUGGGACGGGGAGAAGGAGUCGGGACUGCAGCCGUACUUCUUGAUAAGCACGAAAACACGGAAGGAGAAAGGAUAUUGGUUCAGUCGAGACCGC